UAAUCGAUUGUCUCCAUUAUGUCCACAUCUCGAUGGCGGAGCGGACGCGCUCCAAGUCUCUCGGUUUUAUAUUAAAGGCAUCGAGCGGUGACUGUGCGGUGGACUCGCGCAUGCGCACUACGAGCCCCGGAGCCGCAGGAGAUAAUAGCUGUGCUCCGGAGUAAAGGACAGGGACGCCGUGAUGAGUGCCAAAGUGAACGUGGAGGCUCUACCAAAGGAACCCGACCGCCCCCCUCUGGACCCCUGCUCCUCCUCGUCCCCCAACGAGGCCGUCCUCAUCUGUGCGAGUGACAGCGUGGCCAAGAAGGCUCGGCCCCAAGCGCACACCGCCACAGCUUUCCUCCUUCCAGCUCCAGCUGUCAGUCAUCAGAAGCUGGAGGUGACUCCAGCUGUUGCCAUGGGAGACCCAGGUAAAGGAGGCAGGGCCAAUGAAGCAGCCACACCCACCCUUACAGCGCAGGUGGGCGGGGCUUGUAGCAUCGUCCACGUCCUAGAGUGGAAGGAUGGGGUGGCCAUCCUACCCAGCAGCAACCUCAAGUUCUGUGUGAGUGAUGUGGGAACGUUGAGCACACUGAUCACCCCAGGGACCCCCAGCAGCAUCACUGAACCAGCAGCUGGGACCUCUGGGAGAUCUGCCGAGGCGGAGAGCGCACCAGCAGACAAGCCAGACGUGUUGGCUGCUGUCGGCCCUGCGAGAAGGGAAGUAGUGGAGCCAGAGCGGUUGGUGCCGGUCAAACCCGAAGUCCAGGCCGGACUGGGACAUCCCACCUACGAUGCCAGAGCUCAGAGGACCUACACAGAGGAGCUGCGCAGGGAGCCCAUCCCUGACAAGAGGAUCAUGGGAGUAGAGAAGGUGCCGGCAGGCGGGAGGGUCUCCUCCCUCAACCCCGAUCACCUGAAACCGAUGAGGAAGAGGAAGAGGAAAGAAUACCUCAGUCCCUCUGAGGAAGACUCUGACAUCGAAGGCACGGAUGAGAAAAUGGAUGAUUCUAAAGCAGACGGCCGACACAUCAGAGGAGCUGGAGACAGUAAGACGGAGCAGUGGACGUGGGCUCAGUAUCUGGAGGAAACCAAAGCUGUUGCUGCGCCCAACAAGCUUUUCCAAGAGAGCCAGCGAGUGCCGACAGUGAAGAGCGGCUUCAAGCAGGGAAUGAAGCUGGAGGGCAUCGACCCGCAGCAUCCGUCUAUGUACUUUGUUCUCACCGUGGCUGAGGUCUGCGGGUACCGGCUGCGGCUCCAUUUCGACGGCUACUCCGACUGCCACGACUUCUGGGUGAAUGCCAACUCGCCCGACGUCCACCCGGCAGGCUGGUGCGAGAGCACGGGACACAAACUGCACACUCCCAAAGGCUGUAAGGAGGAGGAGUUCACCUGGACCAACUACCUGAGAAUGACUAAAGCACAAGUGGCGUCCAAAGACCUCUUUGCCAGUCCUGGCAGGAUCGACGUGAAGGGCAGUUUUGCGACAGGAAUGAAGCUGGAGGCCGUCGACCGGAUGAACCCCUCCCUCAUCUGUGUGGCAACCGUCACCGACGUGGUGGACGACCGCUUCCUGGUUCAUUUUGACAACUGGGAUGAUACAUAUGACUACUGGUGUGAUUCCAGCAGUCCGUACAUUCACCCUAUUGGUUGGUGCCAGGAGAGGAACCUCCCCCUAACACCACCCCAAGAUUACCCAGAUCAGGCCCGGUUCUCCUGGUCUCACUACUUGGGGGAAACUGGUUCCAAGGCGGUGGACGCUGACGCCUUUAAAGUGCGCGCGGCCCACAGCUUCCAGCCUCAGAUGAAGCUGGAGGCUGUUGACAAAAGGAGUCCUGGUCUGAUCAGAGUGGCGACGGUGGAGGAAGUGGAGACUCAUCGCAUUAAGGUUCAUUAUGACGGCUGGAGUAAUGUCUAUGAUGAGUGGGUGGACUCAGAUCACCCGGACAUCCACCCAGCAGGCUGGUGUGAGGCGACCGGUCACCCACUCAAAGUUCCCCCACGGGACACCAAAAGGCAGCAGCCACACGGAAGCAACCAGCACUUCAGUCCAAACUGUGUGAAGGAGCCUCCCACCACCGGCCAGUCCACCUACCCCUCCCCGGUUCCCUGUAAACCCAUCAGCCACCCCAGAGCCAACAAGUACAGCUUCCACAACAGGAAGUGUCCGACUCCCGGUUGUGAUGGCUCGGGCCAUGUGACCGGCCGCUUCACUGCCCAUCACUGCAUAUCCGGCUGCCCAUUGGCUGAGCGUAACCAAGGCAGGCUGAAGGCCGAGCUGUCGGACUCAGAGUGCAAGAGGACCCUCUUCUUUGGCCAGAGGACCAAGAAGACACAUUUCCGUGGCAGGAUUGGCCGUCCUCCCAAAUACAGGAAGAACCAGCAGAGAGACUACCAGAGCAUGUCCUCGGAGGACGUGUAUCCGUCCCUGUUCAUGUCAGCGCUGAGCAGCCAGUCAGACAGGACUCUGUCCCUUUGCUGGGAGCAGCACUGUAAGCUGCUGCCCGGCGUUCAGGGCAUUCACGCCAGCCAGGUGUCAGCAUGGAGCGUCGAGGAGGUCUUCAUGUUUGUCCAGAAUCUGAUCGGCUGUGAAGAACAGGCCCGUCUCUUCAAAGAAGAGAUGAUUGACGGCGAGGCCUUCCUGCUGCUGACACAGACCGACAUUGUGAAGAUCAAGCUUCUCACCUGGGCCCCCCCCCACAUGAUCUCCAACGCCAUUCUCAUGUUCAAGAGCACAGACGAGGUACUCAAGUGACCCCCCCCCCCCCGCUCCCCCUCCCACCUGACCUGUGGCGUCGGGUUGUGAAUCAUCAUGUGCCAAAUUCAUUUUGUUGCAGGGAAAAGACCCUGAUCCCUUUUUUUCCAUGUGUUUGGUGUCCUGUCCCCUUCAAAGAAAGCGAGUGGGGGGAGUGGGGGGGGGGGGGGUGAUGAGGAAAUACAAAUAUUUUUGGUGGAGUAAUGUCUUAAAGAUGAUGCUUUGACAAAUUGGUGCCGAGGAAAAUACAAAGAGGGAGGGUAAUGUAGAUGAAACCUCCAGGGUUACAGUUUAAAGGUUUUACGGGCAGGUUAUUUCCAACGACAUGUUUUUAAAUUGUGCAUUAGAAGCCUGAGCGGAAAUAGAAGUAAUUCUAAACUAAAUCAAAUUUGGCAAAACGGUUUCUACACUUGGUCCGGGGGGAAAUGCGGCCAAAAAUAGUAAUUAAAUGCAGUAAACGAGGCUGGUCAGUGAGGCUCCUACAAGCCUCACGUCUUGUGCAAUAAAAAGAAGUACUGUAGUGACACUUAAUGUUACAGCUCCUUUAUGUUAUCAGACCUUUCUGUAACAGAUGAAAAAAAUGAAAUAAAUACGCUGUGUUGUUCACACUGUUGGGAAAAGGUUUUCUAUUUGUGGCCGAUGUUGUGAGUUGAAAGAGAGAAAAGGCCUUUGCUCAGAUUCAGGCUCAUUCUGAAGCAUGAAGUCGUUGGUAUUUAAAUUCUCCACAUUGUGCUUUCUCACUGCACAGCUAAUGUGAGAACUCAUCUGAUCCAGGAGCUGUAAUUUAAAACGUUUCCCUCUAAUAUGAAAUCUGAGUGAGAUAACAGAAACGACACAGGGUUUUUAUAUCUUUAUGCAAAGCAAUUAUUUAUAGAUGAAAAAGACAAUUUUAGCACAACUGUGAAACCCGAAUGGAUUUUACACAAUGAUGUUGCCACACUUGGUCACUAGAGAGUGCAAUAAACUUUUUUUUUGCUAGCAAGUUUAUGGAGCUCUCUGCAGUUUACAUGUGAUGGAAACAACAUUUAAAGCGUGUUCUGCAAAAUGUUUACAUUAUACGUCAGAAUUAGUUUAAAAAUAACACUGUACGGAUUUGAUAUUGUGAGAUGAAAGUUGUUUUACCAGAGUGUUUUAAGGGCUCUUGGAAUCUUACUUCUUUGUGUGUCUCUCUGGUGGGAUUUGUGUGUAUGCGUGUGUGAGUGUGUGUGAGUGUGUGUGUGUGUGUGUGUGUUUGCGCGCGCGUGUCAAGAUAAUCUUGGGUCACAAAUGUCAUUAAAUCCAUAUGAAUUAAUAAACAUCCGAAGCUGUCUUGUCUGAUUAAA